GGAUGUCCUGACUCAGGAGGGGUCCUGAUCCUGCCCUUUCUCCCCCUCCUCCAGGAUGCUGCCCUACUGGCUAAGCUCCUUGAUCCUCACAGCCUACAUUAUCAUCUUCCUCACUGGUCUCCCCGCCAACCUCCUGGCCCUGCGGGCCUUCGUGGGGCGCGUCCGCCAGCCGCAGCCGGCGCCGGUGCACGUCCUCCUGCUCAGCCUGACGCUGGCGGACCUCCUGCUGCUGCUGCUGCUGCCCUUCAAGAUCAUCGAGGCCGCCUACAACUUCUACUGGUAUCUGCCUGAGAUAGUCUGCGCCCUCACGGGUUUCGGCUUCUACAGCAGCAUCUACUGCAGCACGUGGCUGCUGGCGGGCAUCAGCGUGGAGCGCUACCUGGGAGUGGCGUUCCCCGUGCAGUACAAGCUCUCCCGCCGGCCUGUGUAUGGGGUCAUUGCUGCCCUGGUCGCCUGGAUCAUGUCCUUCGGCCACUGCAGCAUCGUGAUCAUCGUGCAAUACUUGAACUCAACCCAGCCGGUCAGAAGUGUCAACGACACUACCUGCUACGAGAACUUCACCCCGAGGCAGCUGGACGUGGUGCUGCCCGUGCGGCUGGAGCUGUGCCUGGUGCUUUUCCUCGUCCCCAUGGCCGUGACCAUCUUCUGCUACUGGCGCUUCGUGCGGAUCAUGCUCUCCCAGCCAAACGUGGGCGCCCAGAGGCGGCGCCGGGCUGUGGGGCUGGCUAUCGUGACGCUCCUCAAUUUCCUGGUGUGCUUCGGGCCUUACAACGUGUCCCACCUGGUGGGGUUUUACACGAAACAAAGCCCCUCGUGGCGGGCGGUGGCUGUGGUGUUCAGCUCCCUCAACGCCAGCCUGGACCCCGUGCUUUUCUACUUCUCUUCUUCAGUGGUGCGCAGAACCUUCGGGAAAGGGCUGCAGGUGCUGCGCAAGCAGGGCUCCUCCCUGCUGGGACGCAGAGGCAAAGAGUCUGCAGAGGUGACCAACGCAGACAGGGGUGUGAGUCAGACAGACGGGGUGCCCAGUUCGGACUUCACCACGGACUAGACCUGCUCUGGACCUUUGGGGGUGCUCUGCCCUGCACAGGGGUUGGGCAGCCUGGGAGAGGGGUGACAUGAGGGUUCCUGUCCAGAUUCAGGAAUCCUCAAGCCCAGUCCAUGACAGGGACUUUGAAAAAAACCCUCUCACCAGCCUGGUAUCCCUUUCUGACUGAAUUUUCCUUCCCGAAGGAGCUUAGCUCCAUGUCAUAAGAAGAAAUAGCCAAGCAGAAAAGCACUGUUGGCUAGAGUUUCAGAAGCAACUUAGCUCACAGGAAUUCAGUCCCCACAAGGUAGCCGGCAUCUGGUGGUGACCAGGCUGAAGUAAAGAGUCCUAAAGUACUCCUGCUACAAGCGUAGAAGCAACCCCUGGACACUAGUGUCGCUGUUGGUGGCAGAAAGAAAUCGGUGGGACCCAGAUGGAAGAGCAAUGCUAAAUGAGGUCAAAGAGAGUUCACAUGGUUCUGAGCCAGAGACCAGCAGGGAGGGCUCGUCCCAAACGCUGCAAUCCAGGUUUGACCUGUUGCUUUUAAAGUGUGAGCCAUUCAUUUUCACGCAUUAUCUUGUUUCUCCUGUUAAAUCAGGAACCACCUGAGGUCUGGGUCUCAUCUCCUUCCUCCUGGCACCCCACACCGGCCAGGAUUUGGCUUGGUAUUCAGCAACCAGAGACUGAUGCUGGCUAGCCCAGGGAAAAACAGCGCAG